CUUUUCACACCUGAUUGCCGACAUAGUGUUCACCAACCUUCCACCUUUGCCUGUCACCACAACAGCGAACACAGUGACUUCAGUAACUGCAGCAACAUCACAGCCUAAGCCACUGGUGUGCAAAAACACUGAGGUGAUGUGUGACAACAGACAACAAUGUUAUGCCAAGACUCAGCUGUGUGAUAACAAAAACGACUGUGCUGAUAAAAGUGAUGAAGCAGAAUGCACUUGUACUUCUGGAUUUUGUUCCAAUGGUGGUCAGUGCUCAGUUAAAGCUGGUGUAGGACCAACAUGCAAUUGCAUCAACAACUACUCAGGCUUUUAUUGCACUGAAGCACUUCCUUUGGGUCAACAAGGCACCAGUAGUACAAGAAAAUGGGCAGUUCCUGUAGGUGUUAUUUUGGGGCUUCUUGUCAUUGGAGCUACAGUUUGUGCCAUUGUAUUUCUUCUCAGAAGAAACCGAAGACUUGGACUUCGGUUUCCAUUUGCACUCCAAAGGUUUCCAUUAGCACUCCGAAGGUUUCCAUUUACAUUCCGGCGGCAGGCUGGGACAGAUGAUGGCCUUUCCAACCCAGUCUUUGACUAUGGCACAGGGGAGGCUGAUUUUCUCAGUGGUGAACUAGACCCUCCUACUUUCCAAGACUUUGAGGAACCAACUGAGAGGAUCACACUAGGCUUAUCAGGAUCAAUUGAUAAUCCACUCUACACAGAAGCUUGAGAGACUGCUGUGUUUUAUUGUAAAACUUCAAACUGUUAAUAAAUGUGUUGUUAAUAAAGUUUUUAAAACAAGAUCCUGUUAGACUUUUCAUUUAGCAGUUUCAUUGCAUAGUUUCUGUGAUGUUUGGGUCCUUGUGAAUCAUAACCUCAUACUUAAACUAGUUUUUAAAUGUAUCUGACCAUAUGAUCUUGACAUACAAUCAGAAUUCUGCUUAAUUAAUGUAAAUUAAUUGUACCUUAUAGUUUAAAAAUAAUUUGACAGCUAUUUCAUGUAGUUUCUGGAAUUUUAAAUUAAUGAGAUGCUAUAAAAAUAAAUAAGAGCAAACUUCUCCAUUGUUAACAAAAGAUAAAAGCAUUUUCUUCAACUCA